CAAUCGAACAGACCCACCCACCCAUCACAGUCGUCGACCACCACCACUGCUCUACUACUACUACUAGACACCCCACCCCCCCCCCCUCCCCCACACACACUCCUACCAUGGACGCCAUCGCAGCUCCGUCGUUUGACACGUCUGAUGUCAAGACACCCACCAACCUCUUUCAGGACGUAGCACCCGCCUGGGGCAACUACCUCUACCAGAACAUGCUCCCCAACCUCGGCACCGACUGGCUCAUCAACAACAACCUCGCCAACUCGAACGCGGCUGCCGCUGCUGCUACGGCGCCCGCUGGCGGCGCAGUGGCGGCCGCGACGGCCCCUGCCAACGACUACUUCCCCGCCGGCCCCUGGUCAUCUCAGCCUCUCUCUACUCGUCCCGGCUCGGCCAGCAGCGGCAGCUCUGUCCCCAUCCUCGGCCAGGCCGGUCCCAGCAACUACUACCUGUCGUUCUACGGCGGAUCCAUUGCGCCCUCUCUGCUCGCCCCCGGCGGCUCGACUUCUUCUGCGUCGUCGCACAUCUCGUCGUCGGUCGACGUUGUCGACAAGAUCAUUGCGUCCGAGUCUCCCAUGGCCAUCGAGUCGCCCAUCCCCAUGACCUUCGGCCUUAGCGGUGCCACCACCUUCUCCCGAGGACGCACCCACUCUGUCGACUCCGAGGCCGAUGCCGACCACGAGCCCGACGGCCUCAGCCAGCACAGUCACAGCGAGCACGAGCACGACCACGACGAGGGUGUCGAGCGCGACGGCAUGAUCUGGGGCAUGAAGGUGGACGAGUACCGCGCGCUCUCGGCUCGCGAGCGCAAGCGCGUUCGGAACCGCAUCAGUGCCCGUACGUUCCGUGCCAAGAGGAAGGAGCACCUCUCGUCGCUCGAGUCUACACUCGGCGCCAAGGACCUCGAGAUCAAGCUCGCCCACGAGGAGAAUGCCCGCCUUCGCCGCGAACUCGCCGACAUGCGCCGUCGACUGUCCAAGUACGAGACGCAGAAGCCCUACUAGGCUAGUCUCUAGUGGUCACCGCUUCGGCUUCGGCUUGACCGAACACCAACACAACACACACGCGCCCAGACACCACAAACUCGCCGCAGCCUUGGUUGGCCCAUGGCCACCGCCCCCAAGCGCCCCCCGCAGCAGCAGCAAGCAGUAGCCGUCGGCACCGCCGCGCGCUAUCAGAAGCAGCAGUGUAAACGUCUUUGUCCCUAAAUCUCCCUGUACAAAGCAACGACACGUCUUGUAAUAUGUAGCAAUAGUUUUGAUGCAUACGACGAAUAGUAUAGCAAA